CACAUCUACACAUGCUGCUUCCGUUCACAGGGCUGUGCACACAUCUACACGUGCUGCUUCCGUUCACAGGGCUGUGCACACAUCUACACGUGCUGCUUCCGUUCACAGGGCUGUCCCCAUGCAGGGAAACUGGGUGGUGAUGUGUGCUUCAUUUCUCUUGUAUUUUGUGCAGCAGAUUAUCCCAUCUGCACGCUUGUUACUUGUACAGGAUGCAGAACGUUCAGUCUGCCACGCUCGCUCUGCCGAGAUGAGACGGGGCAGGUUAAUUUGCUAACGGAGAGGCAGUCAGACUGGAGGAUUGCUGACCUACAUUCAGGUGGUUGCUCACAGGGACCUGGCUGGCUGGCAGUUUAGCAGGGUUCCUCUUUAGACACCUGUCUCCAUGCGCUGGUGUUGCUGAGCUUUUCAUCUCGCUUGUAGAGCUGGCUGUGGAAACUGGGCAGCCCCUGAUUCAGUGGAAUAGCAGAUCGCUGCAGUCUGUCUGCUGACCCGAGUCAUGGAGCUCCUGUGAGGUUGUAGCCAGACAGUGAGUCGCGAUGUUCGGCUGGGAUAAUCUUGAGCCUCCUGUUGCACUAAUCGAAUUGAAGACGUUGGAAGUAGGUUACACUUCCCCCAGCUGGCUCUGAGACGCAGGCUGGGUCAGCUGAGCUGUAUGUCCAAGCCUGCCCUGAAGCUGCGCUCCUGGCCUCUCUCCUUCCUCUAUUACUUCCUGCCCUUCGGUGCUCUUAAACCCCUCUCCAAAGUGGGAUGGAGGCCGAGCAGCAGGGUCGCCCUGUACAAGUCGAUCCCCACACGCUUGCUGUCCCGGGCGUGGGGCCGGCUCAAUCAGGUGGAGCUGCCGACCUGGCUGCGGAAACCAGUGUACAGCCUGUACAUCUGGACCUUCGGGGUGAACAUGAAGGAGGCGGCUGUGGAGGAGCUACACCACUACAGGAACCUCAGCGAGUUCUUCAGAAGGAAGCUGAAGCCACAGGCCCGCCCCGUCUGCGACUCGCACUGUGUGAUCAGCCCCUCGGAUGGCAAGAUCCUCCAUUUCGGGCGGGUGAAGAACUGUGAGGUGGAGCAGGUGAAGGGAGUCACCUAUUCCCUGGAAACCUUCCUCGGCCCGCACACCUGGGCAGACCUGAACAUUAAGAAGAGUGAAGAUGACACAGGCUCGUUCCAGGAUCUUCUGGUAACGAAGGAGGGUAACCAGCUGUUCCACUGUGUGAUCUACCUGGCACCUGGAGACUAUCACUGCUUCCACUCUCCCACAGACUGGCGCGUGGCACACCGACGCCACUUCCCAGGCUCCCUCAUGUCGGUGAACCCUGGCGUUGCCCGCUGGAUAAAGGAGCUGUUCUGUCACAAUGAGCGUGUGGUCCUCAGUGGAGAGUGGACGCACGGCUUCUUCUCGCUCACCGCGGUCGGGGCCACUAAUGUAGGAUCCAUCCGCAUUUACUUUGACGGGGAGUUACACACAAACAGCCCUCGCUACAACAAAGGAUCUUUUAAUGACUUUAGCUAUAUCUCCAACAACAACAAAGAUGGGGUGACCAUGCGGAAAGGGGAGCACCUGGGGGAGUUCAACCUGGGGUCCACCAUCGUCCUGCUCUUCGAGGCCCCCAAAGACUUUACCUUUAACAUCAGCGCUGGGCAGAAGAUCCGCUUUGGAGAAGCCCUCGGGACCAUGAGAGGGAAUGUAACGGAUGCGGAAAAGGACUCCGAACGGGACGUGUGAGCUGCAGCAAAGAGGAGCGAGAGACGCCAGACUACUGGAAGAGUUAUUAUCUUCUACCCAGGACCGGCAUGAAUGUACUUGAGACAACAUGCUGCUUUUUACAUUCUCUCUGUCUCUCUCUCUCUCUCUCCUCAUCGCUUGCUAUGAUGAGAACAGUGCCAGUAGUUGCUUCUAUCAGAGGGAAGUUUUUUAUUCUUAGUCACACUGAAAGAUUAUUUUUUCCACCCUGUUUUUUUAAAAUCCCCACAAAAUUGCAUACACUGUAAGCAGCACCUUUUAUAAAAACCCACAGAAACACGCACACAGGAAAAGAAAAAAACGUUAUGUAAAUCAAGUUCGGAGCCACAAUUCUCUCACAACUUUCUUCACACAACUUUUUACUAAUGAGUUGAGUCUUGGCUGGAGACCUAGUGGUGGUCAACAAUCCACUAGUUUAAAGACACAGUGCUGAACUCUAGUACAUGUCUGUUUCGUUUCCUUGUCGUGCCAAAAAGGUUGUACUUUUUUUUUUUUUUUUUUAUAAGGGGCUGUUAAUCUACACAGUAUAGGCUUUUGUUUUGCUGUUCCAUGUGGAAGCUAUGUGAUGACAUGGCUUGUCAGUCUGUCUUGUUUGCUCUGUCACACUUAAGAACCUGGCUGGCCACCAGCCACGCACACAUACACGGAACUCGAACCCUGACAGAACUCUACGCAUUACCAGUGUCUCCUGGCUUGAUCACGCAGAAAAAUUACAAAAACAAGGGGCAGGUUGAUGCUAAGAACUUUCUAGGCUGAGUAGCUCCGACUAGAGAACCCACUGGGUGAUUUCAAGUUAGUUAUGCAGUAUUUUUUAUAUGUAAUGUAAAAUACUUGAAUCAUGUACUCAUUUAACACUGCAUAUGUUUUAAAUAAAAAAAAUGUCAUUAAUACAAA